AUGGUUAGUGAACUUACAGUUUUCAGGAGGGCGUCAAAUGGAACGCUCCUCCUGAAAGCCUCAGAUGAGGCCCGAGCUCUGGGUCCCCCCAAGGAGACCCACCAAGCCAAGACCCCGAUUGACAGCGUUCGUCUCGGCCGGCGUUCUCUGUCUGUGGUGGAAAUGCAGACUAAUGUGGGGAAGCCUGCAUUUCCAGCCUCCUCCAGACCAGCUUCUUCCUCUGCAGCAUCCGAGGGCAUCAUAAGGCAGCUGGCCCCCACCUACAGCUGCCAGCUGUCCUGUGACCAGAGGGUGAUUGCACAGCUCAGGUCUCGCACGUUGGGCGACAGUACCAACCGGCUGUACAACACCCUGCGGGAGCACCACUCAGACUCCGGGAUGAGGAGAGCGGUCCACUACCUUGGCGUCUGUGAGCAGUUCCUGGCCUUGGGCAGUCGUGAGGGGGCAGUUUCCACCACCUCCACCUAUGCCCCCUCUGCCGUCACCCAUCUGGCUGCUAACGGUGUACGGCUACGACGUCCUGACGCGGCUGGACGAGUACAAGGCCAGGAUCACGUCCACCUUCGGGUCCAUCCUGAAGAUGGACUCCACCAAGAAGGCUGGCCAAGGGCCCCGGUGGAGAUCAGGAGUCUGCCUGCAAUCUCCAACAGCAGGGUAGACCAAAUUGUUGCGCUCUGGGAAUGCCACCCAGAGUCUGACAAGCAGCGAGUCGUCUACCCUGCCAGGCACCGGGACAGACAACCCAAAGGGCGUUUCAAGGCAGCGAAGGAGAAGAGCGCUUCCUGUCUGGGGAAGGAGUCUCUCCAACGCGGCCUUUUGGGAUUGAACGCCAGCCCUGCAAACUGGCCUGACGCCAGCCGCCUGGUGGAAGCCAUUUGCAGCCAGCUCUGCCAUCUUCAAGAACCGGGGGGGGUUCUGAAGACCCGUGAGUCCCUGGUCUUGGGGGACUACGUGGCCAUCAGGGAGGUGGUCCUCGGGAGCCCCAGGCUGAUGGCUCAGACCGGUCUUCAGCUAUUUCAGCUGAACCAGAGGACCCUGUCACAGUGGUUCUCUACCAGGCAGAAGAUAUGGGAGAGGGCCGUGCUAGAGCAGGAAGUCAGACUCCUUCCUGCUGCUCCAGCUGUCUCCCUGCAGCCUGUGCUUGAAGCUAAAGGGCUGUCCUCGGUUCAGGUGGGACAGGGACAACCCUUCGACUACAGGACGCCAGAAGAGAAGCUCCCUCUCCCAUUAAUGAGACCUGCCCCUCCUGCUCAGCCGCUCCAGCUGGGUAGUGAGGCUCCAGCACCAGCUCUACCACCACCGCCACCUCUACCUCCUGCGCUCUGGGAACGUUUUUUUCUGAUUCUUUCGAAUCUUCAAUUCAGUUUUAAGUUUAAAAAUGUAUACACAUUUGUUUAGAAAUACAUAAAAAAUCUAUUCUUGAA